AUGGCUAUAAAGGGUAUACUUCCAAUGACUUGUCACGCGCUGGUGUGGACUCUGGCUGUGGCUUUCGCGCUUUGGGCAACCGGCGCAGGAGCGGAGCCUGCGCGCUACGACUCCGCCACGCCGCAUUCACCUGUCUACAAUAGAUAUAAAUAUAUUCCACCUUAUUCCAGCUACAAUAGUUACGAACGACAAGAUGUAAGUUCCGCAUCUCCCGACCCUGAGCCUUCAGGUUACAAGAUUGCACCCUCUGAACUCAUACUAUCGGGACUAAGGACCAUUCUAGAUGUGGUUAGAAACAUGAAUAAGAAGCGAAUUGAAAGCAAAGCUCUUCAGACUCCUGUUAAUUCUACUGCAAUUCAGCUACGUCGCGCUAAAACAUCCAACGAGACAGAGAGCGGGCGCGGCUUCGAGGACUACUACGAUGAGCAUCACGAUCAUGCGGAGUACCAUGACAUGACCACCACUGCGAAGCCGAUGAAGCAGGGACGUUACACCGACCCCUGGGCAGGGUACUACGAUUGGAUCAUCAACGAAGGGUCGUUCAAGUUCUGGAGUGUUUUCCAGCUCUUCACAGCUGCCCUACUUCUCUACGCUUGCCUGUCUGCUAUUUACUACGCGAAAUUCAACCCUAUCAUACCGGACUACAGUUUGGAAUACGAUGAUUACUUCCUCGAACGGUCUAUGGGUAGAAAAGCCAGGAGUGUAGAACCUUCAGAACUACCGUCAGGUCUUAGCUGGAUGAACACACAGACUUUCCAAUUUAUUUUGGACGCUAUUGCUACUCAUUACGGUGAUCAAUAG